AUGUUUGCUAAAUAUCAUGAGCGUAAAGACAAGCACUUGCCUGUGCUAAAGAAAGAUGAAGAUUGGGAAGCAGAGGACUGGUCUCGUCUAUCGCUAAGUCAAUCACCGCAACAAGAAAUAGAACCAGAAAUACCCGUAAUGGUUGAAGAAAGCAAUAAAGACGAGCAACAAGUGAAGCAACAGCCAUUAAAAGCAGCUUCACCAUUUAAAUUGGAUGAUUAUACACUGGUGAACAGGCAUAGCGUUGGAUUCGAUGUGCCUGGAGCAGUACACACUAUCGUCACUCCAAACCUCAAAGCAAAUAGACAAUUGGACAGUAAGCUUGUCGUAAUCAUGGUCGGAUUACCUGCAAGAGGAAAAAGUUAUAUCGUGAAAAAAUUACGACGCUAUUUAAACUGGCUUCAAUAUGAAACAAAGGUCUUUAACGUUGGCAACUUGCGUCGUGCGGAUGAAGCAUCCCAACAUCAUAAUCAGUCAGCCGAGUUCUUCGACCCGGAAAAUAAGGAUGGCUCGAAAAUACGUGAUGAUUUAGCCUUAAGAGUUUUGGAACAGUUGAUUGACUGGCUACGAAAUGGAGGAGGGCGUGUUGCUAUUCAUGACGCGACAAAUUCAACCCGUCAAAGAAGACAACUGCUUAUUGAUCGCUUAGAAAAGGAGCCAGAUAUGAAAGUAUUGUUUUUAGAAUCACUUUGUACUGACGCAAGGGUCUUGGAACGAAAUUUUCGAUUAAAGCUCUCAGGCCCAGAUUAUAAGGAUAAAGACCCAACCAAAGCAUUAUCUGAUUUCAGGCAUCGUGUUCUCAACUAUGAAAAAGCUUACCAAACUAUAAGCGAAUGGGAAGAGGAGCAUGAUAUACAAUACUGCAAAUUGAUUAAUGUAGGCAAGAAAGUGAUCGCUUUUAAUAUUUCUGGUUAUCUAUCUGGUCAAUGUGUAUUUUAUUUAAUGAACUUCAAUUUGGCAGAGCGUCAGAUUUUCGUCACACGUCAUGGCGAAAGUGAGGAUAACCUGACCGGUAGAAUUGGAGGCGACGCACCCUUGUCAACAUUGGGUAAAAAGUUUUCAAAAGCUUUAGCAAGGUUUGUGAAGGAACGACGUGUUGCAUUUGCUUUGGAUUUAGCGCAUUCAGAUGAUGAGGAACAAGAAGCGAAAAGUCGAUAUGUAGAAGAGAAGACAGUGCAAGCGACAGCAGAAGCAAUUAACAGCUCUCAAUUUACAAUAUGGACCAGUAUGUUGAAAAGAUCCAUGCAAACAGCAGCUGCAUUUGAUCCGGAUGAGUAUGAUAUUAAGCAUAUACGAUUUCUGAACGAAAUAAACUCAGGCGCUCGGGAGGGUAUGACUUACGAAGAAAUUAAAGCACAAUAUCCAGGCGAAUUUGAGGCAAGACAAAAGGACAAACUCUACUAUCGUUAUCCUGGAAUGGGGGGCGAAUCAUACAUAGAUGUUAUUCAUCGAUUGCAGUCAAUGAUUAUUGAGCUGGAGAGGAUGAGUAACUCUUGUCUGAUAAUUACUCAUAGGGUUGUAUUGCGUAUCUUACUGGGUUAUUUGCUCGAAUGGUCUAGACAAGAAAUGCCUCAUAUGCUUGUACCAAUACACACUGUUUAUGAACUACGACCCAAACCUUAUGGUGUCGAACUUACCAGUUGGGUUUAUAAUGAAGAAACUGAUAGCUUUGCGGAAUUACGAGAAGGUUAA